AGACGUCAGGCAACCCGUCAAAGAGAGAGAAGAAUGGGAAUUGGGAAGUUAAACAAAGAAAAAAAAACAAGUGCAAGUUCAAUUUUUUCAAAUGUGAUUUGAUUUGAUUGAUGUAAAAUUGCAUAGUGGAAUAGAUGCAAAUUUGAUAUUCUAAUAUUGCACUUAAUACAUUGCAUUUUUGAGAUCAAAGUUCAAGGUUACAAAUCCUGAUAAGUAAUGGUUUUUUAACAUUUUGACCUGUGCCACUCGAAAAAUAUCUGUCCUUUUGACCACAUCACUAACCCUACUGAUUACUAAAUAUUUUUCACUUUCCGGUCUACAAUGAGUACAGUAGGACAGGUUAUUAAAUGCAAAGCAGCAGUUGCGUGGGGUCCCAAAGAAGAUCUUAAGAUAGAAACCAUUGAAGUAGAUCCACCAAAGGCUCACGAAGUAAGAUUAAAAGUUGUGUAUACUGCCGUCUGCCACACAGAUGCGUACACUCUAAGCGGACAAGAUCCAGAAGGCCUUUUCCCAGUUGUUUUGGGACAUGAAGGAUCUGGGAUUGUUGAGAGUGUAGGGGAAGGUGUAACAAACGUAAAACCAGGUGACCAUGUAAUUCCUUUGUAUGUACCUCAAUGUGGAGAAUGUAAAUUCUGCAAAACACCAAAGACAAACUUGUGCCAGAAGAUUCGUAUAACUCAAGGACAGGGCAAGAUGCCAGAUGGUACCUCUAGAUUCAGAUGCAACGGCAAGGAAUUGUAUCAUUUUAUGGGUUGUUCAACAUUCAGUGAAUAUACUGUUGUAGCUGAUAUUUCUGUAACAAAGAUAAAUUCCAAUGCACCCUUGGACAAAGUCUGCCUUUUGGGUUGUGGAGUCCCCACAGGCUAUGGUGCUGCCCUUAACACUGCCAAAGUAGAGAAAGGAAGUACUUGUGCAGUGUGGGGACUUGGUGCUGUUGGAUUGGCAGUAGGAUUAGGAUGUCAGGCUGCGGGAGCUUCCAGAAUCAUUGGAGUUGAUUUAAAUCCAGAUAAAUUCAAAAUAGCAAAAAAUUUUGGAUUCACUGAAUUUGUCAACCCCAAGGAUUAUGAAAAACCCAUUACUGAAGUACUAGUAGAACUGACAGAUGGAGGCCUUGACUACACCUUUGAAUGUGUAGGUAACGUCCACACCAUGAGAGCUGCUUUAGAAUCCUGCCACAAAGGUUGGGGUGUUUCCACUAUUGUUGGAGUUGCUGGUGCAGGACAAGAAAUCAGCACAAGACCUUUCCAACUGGUUACUGGACGUGUCUGGAAAGGAACAGCUUUUGGGGGAUGGAAAAGCCGUGAUAGUGUACCAAAGCUUGUAGAGGAGUAUUUGAAUAAAAAGCUCAAGUUGGAUGAGUUUGUUUCACAUUCCUUGAAAUUUGAAGAAAUCAAUGAAGCUUUUCACCUCAUGCACAAAGGUGUAAGCAUUCGCACUGUUCUGGCUCUGACACAAAACAGCAACCUUUAGAACCAAUAUUGAAUAAAAGGUAUCUAUUUUUAUACCAGUGGUAUUAAUGAAAUAAAAUGUAUUUCUGUUUAACAAAAA